CACAGAAACACCCUCCAACUCUUUCUUCUUUACGGGUCCAAACAUAAAAUGAGGAAUCCAUUCUCUCCAACCUCUAUAUUUCUUCUUCUUCUUCUUCUUCUUCUUCCUGUUUUUCUACCAUUAACUCAAUGCUCCAACAUUGGGUUGGAUGAAAACGAAGACUUGAUAGACCAAACAUGCAAGCAAACACCACAUUAUGAUCUCUGCCUCUCGUCUUUACAGUCAAACCCUGACAGCUCCAAUGCAGAUGUGAAAGGCCUGGCCAAGAUCAUGGCUGAUAUUCUUCUGUCAAGUGCGACAGAUGCACUGAACUACAUGGAGGGGCUAAUCAAGCAGGCCCCAGAACCAGAACUGGAGAGAUCCUUGGCUUUUUGUGCAGAAUUGUACAUCCCAGUGGUGAAGUAUACUCUGCCUCAGGCAAUAGAUGCUUUGACAAAUGGUCAGUACAAGUUUGCCAGCUAUGGAAUAUCGGAUGCUGCAAAGGAGGCCGAUGCAUGUGAAAAGAAGUUCUCAGGCGGCUCAACCAAGUCGCCGAUAUCUGAUAGGAACAGUCUUGUGAAGAGCCUCUCUGAAGUGACUGUAGCCAUUCUCAACAUACUGAUGAAGGGUUAGUUCAUUCUUUGUUCCUUUAUAGGGCCGGAUCGAAUGGCUGAAUAUCAUCCCCUCUGCAAUAAUUGUUUGGAGCCGAACCUUUCAGAUUUCUCAUUUCUUGUCUAGAUAGAUGUAUUUGAAGGACCAGUUUCAACCAUGAAUUUAGUAUCCUUUCCUUGUUGUAUU